AUGCCUUUGCCCGGAACACCGUCUCCAUUCCGCUUGGCCCGCCGCCAGCAAUCAACGCGCCGCAGCGCCGGCCCACAAUUCGCGAACUCCCCUCGAUUUUUACUCUCACAGACUACACCACAGUGGAAAGAUGAUAUCGAUAUCGACGAUGGUGAUGGCCCACCGUCCGCGAGUGCACGUACCCCAGCACCGUCCCGGAAUGUUAUCCCACCUCGUUGGCAAAAAGACGUGAUCGAGGAUUCGGACGAUGGCGAGUUGGCCAGGGAUGCCGGAAUCCGGGAAGCUGAAGGAAAUGAAUUGACGGAUGAUGCUAUCGACAGCUCUCUGCCAGAGGAAGCCGCGAGUUCGGGUGCCUUGGACGCGGUCUUUGCACCCGUGAGAGACAGUCACAAGCGGCGGCGUCUUUCUGCGGGAUUGAAUCAGCCUUUGGACGAGAAAUGGAAGCAGGAUAAUCUGGUGCCACCAUUGUCGCCUGGGCUUCAGGAAGCUGCUCCCGAUCCUCUGAGAACGCCUGGGAAUAUGAAGACCCCUUUUCGCAGCAAGCCUCGCUUCAUGCUCCCAACCAAGAAAAAAGCCAGCAGUCAGACUCCUUUUAGAGCCGAGACCCCAUUCGCAACAAGGCCGACAUCACCACCAGAGAGGCGGAAACCUGCUUUUGUUCUGCCUCGUGCACUAUCGCCAGAUCGCGCUGCCGAAGAUAUUCCGACACCGUUCUCCCCUUCUUCACGCACGCUCCGCCGUCGUGGUCGAGCUCGCGCGGGAGUGCCGGGCUACACACCUGGCGGAAUGGCAGCCGAGGUGCGAAGUUGGAUCCUUGAGAUGGGAUCAAAGCGUGAAAAUAUCGCUUCAGCCAGGUCUUCCGAGACGUCAAACACCGAGAGUAAGUAUCUUGUGACGGCUCGUGUUGUCAAUGUUAGCCUGGGAACACUGAGCAGCUCUGGUCCUGUGGCGCUUAUUCAGGCUGAGACUACAAGACCCUCUCAAGAACAAGAAGAGCAGAAAGGUUUGAAUAUCGUAGCAAUGGGACUGCCUCGAUCUCGACCCAAUUCGCGGCAAGCAUCGCAUACUGGUGAAUUCCAGACACUCCCAGUCCAAGCAAGAGACUUGGUGGGUAUCCAUCGGGGCUUAGCAUGGGAUCUUGAACUACAUGACUUCCAAGCACUCAGUGCCACCCAAGGGUUUUCCCUGGAAAGCAAUGAGCUGAGCGACACAAGUCAACGCUGGCUGUUCGCUAUGGAAUGGGAUAUAAUGUCAGAAGGCUCCUAA